AUGGACUCGUCGACGUCACUGCUACCUCCUCUCGGGAGUAUCAUCCUGGCCUGCGAAGGCCUAACAAGUCUCGUCCCGCUUAUCCUCUCUGUGAUGGUCUGUCUCAUCGCUACGGUCACAAUCUCGCCAACCUUGCUUGCAUACUUCAAUGACCCGUUCGAACUUCGAGCGUACCCUGGACCGUUCCUCGCGAGGUUCACAUCCGCUUGGAUCUCUUGGAUCAUCAGCCAAAACCGAUGGUCAGAGACUGUGGAUCUUAUGCAUCGUCAACACGGCCCCAUUGUUCGCCUCAGCCCUGACCACGUCUCUGUUGCUAGUCCUGCCGCCUUCGCAGCCGUCUAUGGUCAUUCAUCCGGUGCAUUGAAGGCACCUUUCUACAACGCCUUCGCCAAUUUCAAAAUUAGAAGUAUAUUCAACACGCGCGACCGUGCAGAGCAUUCACGCAAGCGUCGCGUUGAGGCACACAUGUUCUCGCCUCGGAGUAUCCGAGCGUUGGAGGACACUGCACGUGUGCAUUUCCAGGUACUGGUGCGUCAGUGGGAUGCGCUCUGUGCGCCCACAGGUAAGACAGUACGCGGAAGUGCCGAAGGGACACUUGGUACGAUUUCCUGGAAGGUCCAUGGCGACAGAGUCUGGUUCGAUUGUAUGCCUUGGUUCAACUUUUGGUCAUUCGACACGAUUAGUGAUCUUGCAUUUGGUCGUCCUUUCGGUAUGCUGGAAGCGGCGAAGGGUAGUGCUCACGUAUCGAAAUCCAAUACUAAAAGUGUGCAGGCAGUAUCCCAGGAUACUUCCCACUCAAACGAGGCGCAAUCGGAGUUGCUGGAGAUCCCUGCAAUGGAGGUGCUCAGCGAGCUUUUGGACUUCACCGUUGCUCUAGCGUAUCUCCCAGCAUGGGUUCAACCCGUUUUUGGCCGUCUUCCGAUGUUCCGUGACGGCUACGACGCUGCUCCAAAACUUGCGAACCUGUCUCUCACUGCCGUAGCUAACCGGGUCGCGUCUCAAACUGACCGUGCGGACAUGCUGUCGGAGCUGCUGCGAGGAAGAGACGAAGAAGGAAAACCUUACGGUUUAGAAGAGCUUAGUACUGAGGCGGAGCUCCUGAUCAUCGCGGGUGGAGAUACGACCGCCAACACCUCGUGCGCGACAGCUUACUAUAUCGCCCGCGAUCUUCAAAUCCAGGCAAAGCUGCAGGCUGAGUUGGAUGUAGCACUCGACGGCGUCGAAUCCGACGUGGCGCCUUACGAUGCAGUGAAGGACCUGCCGUAUCUCGACGCUGUGAUCAACGAAGGCCUUCGCCUGCACUCUACAAUAGGCGCAGGCUUGCCACGCGUUGUCCCUUCAGGCGGAAUGACAGUGCUUGGACAACACCUGAAGGAAGGGACGGUUGUGAGCUCGCCCAUUUACACUUUGCACAGGAACGAGGCGGUGUGGGGCAAGAACGCGUACGAGUUCUAUCCUGAGAGGUGGCUUGAGGCGUCCGCCGAUGCCAAGAAAGAGAUGAUGCAAUCAUUCGCUCCUUUCUCUGUGGGUCCGAGGGCCUGCCUGGGGCGAAGCCUUGCGCUACAGCAAUUGCACAUCCUGUUGGCGACCAUCUUUCACCGGUACAGCUUGGUUCUGGAGAACAAUGCUCCGGCACAGCUUCCGCUCCGGGACGGUUUCGCGCGGAAGCCGAUGAAGUGUAUCGUUGGCGUACAACGACGGAAGUAG